GGUAACUGCUGGGAAAUCGCAAAAAUGGAUGAGUUCGAAGAGUACUUUAACAAGCUGCGCUCGAUAUUGGACGGGGUCCUGGAGCCGGAAAUGUGGCCAGACCACGCGCUGACCAUGGUCCUCUUCGAAAUGCCUACCGACGAGGCCAGAAGGAGACUGCGCCAGGCCCAGGCCAUAGCCAGAUACGGCGGAGACAGGAUCAUUUCGUUGGAGCACCUGCGGAGGGCGAUGAACACGAUUUUGCUGCGCCCGCGGCAGCCGCCGAAGCGCAAGAAACCCCCCCUGGAGGCUCGCUGCCUUCGCCCCCGCUCGUCCUUGGUCAACUAUUGUGAGAUCUGACGGGCCACACGGGCCUCCUUUUCUCCGCCCCAGGAUGCCUCUGAAGACUGACAAAUGUGACCCCAAAAUGUGUAUCGGAAAGGAUUGCAA